AUGUCACUGGAAUCCAUGCCACUGCGCUCCUUCUUCAAAAUCUACCUGGAAUUCCUGCUGCAACUUCAGGUGCAAGAUUCUGUGCAGAUUAUGUCAGAGUUCCAGCCUGGAACCAUCUACUAUGAAGCAGCGAAGAAGAUCGAAGGGAAGCUGUGUGAUGUCAUUGAUUUUGUCGUGCUGAGCCAAUCAUGGAAUCAACGCCAAAGCAAUUUGUGCAGGAUGGUAGAAACACGACCUGGAAUCUCAUUAGGGAAUAGAAACAGGGGAGAAAGCUGUGCAGCUUGUGGCAGAAAAAGGAACAAAGCAACUUAUGUGCUGGCAUUCAGUGGGCCUGUGUAUGAGCCUCAAUGGCUUGUGACCCAGCGAUUAAGGACCGUUGGAAGGACUGGAGGUGAGGAAGACGUUGCAAGCAGUGGUGAAGACGAAUCCGACAGUGAGCACGACCAGGAGGGAGUCCCAUAUUCCCUUUGCGUGGGCCGUUUCUGUUGUGUGCGUCUCAUGUUGUACCAUGCAAUGACACACUUCAAGUGGAGAGUGACAGAACGUCUGAAGCGUGAAGUGGAAGGGAGGUGUGCAUCAGAGGAACGCAUUGCCGCUGUUGUAGGAGACGACCACUUGGUGUCUACUCUGUUCAAUGGCUUUGAAACACUGCACGACCUCUCCCAGCACUACAUUUCAAACCGACAGCCAUUCAGUAUGGACAAGUGCCCCGAAGACCUUUACUCUGAGUUGAAGCACUUGGAGCGUUCCAUCUGGGGUGUCGCGAAGCCAGCGGUCGAGGCCCCAGUGAGCUCGAGAGAAACGGAGUCUCCACGGCAGAGCGAACCAUCGCUGUGA